UCACGAUUUCGCGCACCCUGUACAGUAUAUAAAGAGCGCAGGCCUUAACUGAGAUUGUAGAAACAAGAUGAAGGCUACCCUCUUCUGCCUAGCGAUUUUGUGCGGGUGCCUGCUCGUGCAGGCAAGACCGAGACCAAAGAAUGGAGAAGGAAAAGAUGCAUUGGGUCGUCUUGAACGUCUCCUAGAAAAUCUAGAAGAGCGAGGCGUUGCGGAUAACGAAGAGGGAGAGAGACGAAGACCUCCACCCCGUAAUGGCGAUAAUGAAGAUGGCCAACGUCGACGACCCCCACCAUGCAAUGCCGAUGAUGCAGAUUGCCAACGUCGACGACCCCCACCACGUGACGAACGUGAAAAUGAAAGUGGUGAUAAAAGACGACCCCCACCACGUGAUGGUGAUAAUGAAGAUGGUCAACGUCGACGACCCCCACCGCGUGACGAACGACAAAAUGAAAGUGAUGAUAGACGAAGACCCCCACCACGUGAUGGCGAUAAUGAAGAUGGUCAACGUCGACGACCCCCACCGCGUGACGAACGACAAAAUGAAAGUGAUGAUAGACGAAGACCCCCACCACGUGAUGGCGAUAAUGAAGAUGGCCAACGUCGACGACCCCCACCACGAGAUGAACGUGAAAAUGAAAGUGGUGAUAGACGAAGACCCCCACCACGUGAUGGUGAUAAUGAAGACGGUCAACGUCGCCGACCCCCACCAUGUGAUGCUGAUGAUGCAAACUGUCAACAGCGAAGACCUCCACCACGUGAUGGUGAUAAUGAAGAUGGUCAACGUCGAAGACCCCCACCACGAGACGAACGACAAAAUGAAAGUGGUGAAAGAAGAAGACCCCCACCACGUGAUGGUGAUAAUGAAGAUGGUCAGCGUCGACGACCCCCACCACGUGACGAACGUGAAAAUGAAAGUGGUGAUAGACGAAGACCGCCACCACGUGAUGGUGAUAAUGAAGAUGGUCAACGUCGACGACCCCCACCAUGUGAUGCUGAUGAUGCAGACUGUCAACAGCGAAGACCCCCACCACGUGAUGGUGAUAAUGAAAAUGGUCAACGUCGAAGACCCCCACCACGUGACGAACGAGAAAAUGAAAGUGGUGAUAGAAGAAGACCCCCACCACGAAAUGGCGAUAAUGAAGAUGGUCAACGUCGACGACCUCCACCCUGUGAUGCUGAUGAUGCAGAUUGCAAACGGCGAAGACCCCCACCACGUGACGAACGUGAAAAUGAAGAAAGUGGCGAUCGACGAAGACCCCCACCACGUGAUGGCGAUAAUGAAGAUGGUCAACGUCAACGACCUCCACCACGUGGUCAACGUCGACCACCUCCACCAUGCGAUGCUGAUGAUGAAGAUUGCAACCGACGAAGACCCCCACCCAAAGAUAAUCAAGAGAGCAGCGAUUAAAAGAUUUUUGAAUUCGAUAUCAAUUGACUCUGAACUUUUUUUAACGUACAUGUACAGACCUUUUUUUAUAUUAAAUACAAAUUGCAUUUA